AGAGUUAACUACAUUAGAUUAACCUUUGUAUCUCAUUUUGUUUCUUCUGUGAUUGCAUGAGUAGAUGAAUGGUUGAAGAGGACAAAAAAAUGGUGAAAGGAAGCGAAAUUGAUGGCAUAGAAGUACCAGAAGCAGUGAUGGAGACUCUGAACCGAACCUCCGGAAGCCUUCAACAGCUGGAGACUGAGUUACCCCAAUUCCUCGCUCUAUCUGAUCCUGACCUUCUCGCUCAACUGCCAUUUCUCCAACGCGCCCACUCACUUUUCUCACUCGCCAAACUCACUUCCACCCUCUUCUCAUUGAAGUUGAGGUGCAGAGGAGUUAACCCAAAUGAUCAUCCUGUGAAAUCCGAGCUUGACAAGUUAAAGGUGUUGGAGAAGAAACUGGAUCGACUUCGGCGGUUGAGUGAAGCACAGGAGCAAGACAUUAGGAACAUAGAUGGAGAGGAGGGACUAGAGAUGAACUAUGAGGAGCAGGCUGGUAAAAAGAGGAAGUAUCCAUCUUCUGAAGAGCCAUCUAUUCAAAUUGAUGAUAUGGAGUCCUUGGAGAAAGUAAAGGAGGAACAUCUUGGUUAUAACAGUGGAAAUGCUAAGGGAAUAGUAAUUGACAUUUCAGAUGAUGAUGAGUUUAUGUGAAUAAAGGCUGUGUUUCUGGGAGACUUUUGGAUUGGUGACAAGUGACUGAGGAAUGCUAAUUUUCAAAUUUCGACUAUCACAAUGUCCUUUCACUAGCAUCUACUCCAGAUUGAAAUGCUCGAAUUUAAAGUUGGAUUUAUGAUUUCGAAUAUGCUGCUUCACAGAAAUUUUGAUAUAGACAUUUUUUUAAU